AUGAACAUUAACAAAACCAGCAUCAAUCGCAUCAACGGCCGCUACAUCAAUCACGACAGCUACCACACCUGCAACAACCACAUUGACCACAUCAACUAUAACAGCCACAUCCACAUUAAUCACAUCAACUACAACAGCCAAAUCCACAUCAAUCACAUCAACUACAACAGCCACAACCACAUUAAUCAUAUUAACUACAACAGCCACAUCCACAUUAAUCGCAUCAACUACAGCAGCCGCAACGUACAACCACAUCAGCCACAACAUCAAUCAGAACAACAGCCAUCACAUGCCAUCAGAUCACAAGAACUCGCAUUUAGCAUGCUUUCAACGAAGUAA